AUGAUGGCAACUACAACUACUUUUUCUCGGGAUAAACGUUCACAAAAUCCACGCAAAGUGUUUUCACCUUCAACAGCAUCUGUAUCACUACCAACUCAUUAUCUCAUCUAUAUGGAAGAUACAGUAUCAUUUCUAAUUGUUGCACGUACUAGCAUAAAAUAUAUACAAGGACAAAUGGCAUCGUUAAUAAUCAAUAAAAAGAAACUUGUUGGAGAAAUUGUUGUUUCAGGUACUUUUGUUCGUUGUCAAACCGAAUUAAAUAAAAUACAAAAAACUUCUCAAUCAAUGGACGAAGAUAGUAAUGAAAGUGAAUCGGAAAAUUGUCAAUUGGAUGAAGAUGCUCGUUCAGUAGAGAAAGAUCAAGAAAACAAUAAAAUACAAGAUUUCGGUGAAGAAUCUGAAGCUGAAAAAUCUCCUGAUGAAAAUUUUAAUAAUCGAAGUUCUAACAAAAAACGAAAAUCUCAAUCCUCUUAUUUAUCUCAAUCGAAAAAACGACUCAAGCGACGAAUUCUGGACGAAAAUAUUGAUAAUGGAUCAGAUAAUGAAGAGGAAAUUGCAUUAUGCUUAGCACCCAAAAAAUGCAAGAAUUUAUCAAAUAAAGAUGAUCGUUUAAAGUCAAUUGAAAAUAAAAUGGACGAUUUCAAUCAAUGUAUGAAGAAAAUGAGUCAUUCGAUGCGUCAGAUGGCAUCAUAUUCAAAUAAAAUAACUUCACACAAUCUCGAUAUUUAUCGAGAUCCAAAUUCUCAAGAAAAUUUUACUGACAAAGUUGAUCAUAAUGGUACAAAUUUAGUUAUAAUUGUUGGAAGAGAUUUUGGUGAUUUUGCUCGUAAAGUAAUGCGUGUUCUAUAUUCAGAGGAAGAACGUAAAACACAUAUUUUACCACCUGGUCGACCUCAUUUAUCUCGAAAACCUCUUGAUUCAAAUAGAUUUGCUCUUCUUAAUGAUGCUGUCCGGGUGAAAUAUCGAUUAUCAAAGCACUUAUACGACGAUUUCUUUAAGUAUCAUUUACGACCAAAACUCAGUGAUUUUCUAGUCGAAGAGCGUCGUCGAGAAAGUAACACAAUUGUACGUAAUCAAGCCAAAUCAGUCGUUUCUCAAAUAGCAACACAAUCACAACCAGGUGAAGAAUAG